CAGCCCUCAGCCCUCAGCCCUCAGCCUCCGGCCUGCAGCAGAGACGGAGCCCCGACAGAGCCCGAGGCCCAGCCGAGCCUCCCGGUGAGGACGGUUAUUCUGAGUGAGGGGCCUUGUAAACGUUUCUGAUUAAACCAUGAGUGUAAUCGGCUACCUGAAGACUCAGUUCAUCAUUCAUCUUUUACUUGGAUUUGUGUUCGUUGUCAGUGGCAUCUGCAUCAACUUCUUCCAACUUUGCACACUCCCCAUCUGGCCCAUCAACAAACAGCUCUAUCGACAUCUCAACUGUCGACUUGCUUACUCACUGUGGAGCCAGCUGGUCUUGCUGCUGGAAUGGUGGUCUGGCACGGAAUGUACACUUUUCACUAACCAGGCCACGGUGGACCAAUUUGGCAAGGAGCAUGUUAUUGUCAUCUUAAAUCACAAUUUUGAGAUUGACUUCCUCUGCGGUUGGGCCAUGUGUGAGAGACACGGCGUUCUGGGGAGUUCCAAAGUGUUGGCGAAGAAGGAAUUGCUUUAUGUACCUCUGAUCGGAUGGACAUGGUAUUUCCUGGAGAUUGUUUUCUGUAAACGUCGUUGGGAUGAGGACAGAGAGACAGUUGUAAAUGGACUGAAGGCAUUGCGGGACUACCCAGAGUACAUGUGGUUUCUGUUAUACUGUGAAGGCACACGUUUUACAGAGAAGAAACAUCGCAUUAGUAUGGAGGUUGCUGAAUCUAAGGGUUUGCCGAAGCUGAAAUAUCACCUGUUGCCAAGGACCAAAGGUUUUACCACCACUGUUAAAUACCUCAGGGGAACGGUUGCUGCUGUGUAUGAUGUGACAUUAAACUUCCGAGAUAACAAGAAUCCGACACUCCUGGGUAUACUGCAUGGCAAGCAGUACCAUGCAGAUAUGUGUGUCAGGAGGUUCCCUCUAGAAGAUAUUCCAGAAGAUGAGAACGAAUGUGCAGCUUGGCUCCAUAGACUCUACCAGGAAAAGGAUGCACUCCAGGAGCAAUACGUAAAGGAUGGUACAUUCCCUGGACAGCCCAUCCAGCCGAGACGCCGACCCUGGGCCUUCCUGAACUGGCUGUUCUGGGUCAUUGUGCUCCUGACUCCACUCUUUAACUUCGUGUUUGGAGUGUUUGUCAGCGGUUCUCCCGUUGUCAUCUGUUCAUUCCUGCUGUUCGUCGGAGCAGCAUCCUUCUGUGUACGAAGGCUUAUUGGAGUGACAGAGAUUGGAAAAGGCUCUAGUUAUGGAAAUCAGGAGUUUAAGAAGAGGAUGUAGAAAUAUUAAUGGAAACACUUCCGAGCUGCUUACUGAAAAUAACUCCGUGAAUUUUUUAGGAAUGUUUUGGUCUCAACUGACAGCAACUAACAGUGGCCAGGAGCCAGAAAUUGGCUGCUUCACGAUCAACUCCUGAAUGGACAGCUACACUAACCCCCUGUCCACAUUACUGACACCUACCCUCUCUCAUGGACUACACUUUACUCAGACACAAUUCUCCACUCUCAACAUCCCUCUCACUGGCUUCACCCUCAUCCUAAGUCAACUCACUCUUUACCUCGCCUUUCAUUUUUUUUUCACUAGCUUGCUAUCUCUAUCUCGAACCAUGCUCUAUUUCUCACACAGCCUCUCCAUCUCAUGUCCCUCUAACACUCUCCUCUCUCCAAUUGCUUUCAUCCUCCACUGCCUCCAUUUUAAGUUUCUGUGAUGUGUCAAAAAGUUGUGUUUUUCAGGAGAAACUGAGACCGCAAUGGUCCACUCUCAUUACUUUUGAUGAUGUCUACUGACUGAUCAUGUUACAUGCCCACACUCGGUCCUACAGUGCUGGCCUACGUCACUCCACUGACACUUCACUAAUGGAUCAGUAACCAAGGACUUGGAAUGUAAUCUGUUGUUGUUUACUGAUGUGACUGACCUACUGAAUUUCUACUUCAGGGUGGGUUUCUCUCAUCUACAAUACACAGUAGUAAUUUUCUGUCUCUGAGUGAGCAAUACAGUGACCUCUGUCUGCACACACAAACACCCUCCUCCUAUACACUUCUCCAACUCUGAGCUGAUGUUUCUUUCUCCAGCUGUUCUAGCAUCUUCUUUCGUACCCCUCAUUUCUCUUUUUCCCCCUUGUCCCUUUCACUGCCACUAAAACCAAAACUUUUGCAGAGAAUCCAGUUCUCAUUUUAAUUUAAUCAAAUUACAUAACUGAGUGUUGAAGCAUGAAGUGGAGAGAUCAAGAAGGUAAUGUGAGCCAGGGGUGAAUGUGGAUCUCUCUCCAAGUCCUUAAACUGACAGUACCCAGGAUCAGAACACAAGGACUUCUGAGGGAGCUGGAAUUGACUCAUUGCAUCUGCAUGGGGCACAGUGCUCAGAGCAUCUUCCUGUCCCAAUCUUGAGUUUAUGUUGAGCUGUGUAACCGAACCCACCUGAACCUCCCCCAAAAAAGAAAACAAAAAAUAAAAUUUGGGUCCCAGUAGAGGACAGAGUCAGAUCCUUUGAUCUGCUCAGACUGAGUGUUAUUCACUCAAUGGUCUGAUGGAGGUUGAAGGAAAGUUCUACCCCUAAUAAAACAUCCCCAGUUAUCCGGUUUUGUUUGAAUCCUGGCAGCAAUUAUUACCUUCCUCCUCACUUCCUGAUCCCAGUGGAGCAGAUCUGUAUUCUCCACUGGGACUGUUCUGCUGUUAACCCAGAACUGGAAUCAGGGGAAAUGUUGCAGAUCAGGAGAUGAUCCAAGUCAAUAUUCAGGAAAGCACCUUAUGGAUUAUCCAUGAGAAAGCAAAGCUUCACGGUGGAUUCCACUGAUAGCAGGAAUCUGGGCAAUGAACAGCAGGCUGCCAAGUAUUCACUGGAAUUGAGUGAACCAGAAACUAAUUGCAGUUUUUGCAUGUAUCUUUUUGCAUGUAUUUUUAAUCUUUGACAAACUCCAUUUUGGGGGUCUUUGCGUACCCUCUUGUUUUAAUCCCACACUAAUACCUCCUUUACACUCUGAAUAUUAAGUGUUAAAAACUUCUGACUGCUCUGAGUUUGGAUCACAGUCAAGUCCCACUUGUUACUCUCCUUAAAGGAUUGAACAGCUUCAUCCUUUGAGGUAACUCUAUUCCAUAACGGAGAAGCUGCCUCUGUAUGUCUGCAUUCUUUGCGCAUCUCUGUUUCUGUGGCACCUGCUUUUACUCAGUCUGGGUGGUAUCUAUUUUCAGAUGCUAGCCCAAACAGAUUUCAGGCUCAGAGUUUAAGUGGAUGAGCUGGAAAACAGUAGCUCUGUAAUAAAAUGAAAGUCUCCUAGGAUUGUAUCUGUCACUUGCACCUUUCUCAAAAAGGGCUAGUGUUCAGCUGAGUACUAUGAAUCUGAUCAGAGUUGUUGCUGAGUUAUAUUUUUUUGAAAGAAAACCUAGUUACAGUUACUGGUCACCUCUGCAAAUUGACCUGAAUUUAACUGAAUAACUGACUUGACUGUGCAGACCCCCCACCCAACCCUUUACAUGCCCUGGACCAGCUCCCUCCCCAGCCUGGGUGCAGGUUAAUCCUAACCAUUUCUCCAAAGUGUGCAGCCCUCCUCAAAAGAGUUACACUGUGAGCAGGAGAGUGAGCUGCCCAUGAGUGGAUUUGCUCAUGUACAUUUUAGAUGAAUGGGGGAAGGACGAUUCAAAAUAAAAAUAAAACCUACACAUUUUGGUGCGAUGAAAGGGCAAACACCAGAAAUUCAUAAAAAAUAGAAGGCACAAUCGUGGACACAAAAAUACUGGGGACGUGUGGCUGCUUAAUAAUCCAACCUCAGCUGGAUUGUAAUGAUUGCAAACCAGUUUAAUUGUGGGAUUAAAACUGCCCAUAGUUGAGCUGGGAGGUGGUGUGUGUUGCAGGUAUGGGUAACCUGCAUACAGAAGUAAGCAAAAACUCAAUUAAUUCCUUUGAGGGAACAGUGGACACAAGCCUUUAAAGUGCAAGUCUGAAUAGACUGUGGUCUAAGCCAGCGAUGUGACCAGUUUGUCUCACUGGGAUUGCAAGCUGCUUGCAGCAACAUUGGCUUUGGUUGAGUUUUGUUUUCACAAUUCCUUGCUUUGUAACAAAAGCAGCACGCAAGAACGUGGUAAGGUAGGAGCAUCAUUUCAAGCUUGUUAAUACAUCAUUCUGUACUCUGAGAGGCAGCUGUAUGCUGUCUAGCCAUUUUUGUCCUUCCUAUGAACAGUCAGUGCAGAUUGUAGCUGUACAUCCUGUGCUGUCCCUGUCCUUUGAGUGUUUGAUGGGGACAGUGUAGAGGGAGCUUUACUCUGUAUCUAACCCCAUGCUGUCCCUGUCCUGGGAGUGUUUGAUGGGGACAGUGUAGAGGGAGCUUUACUCUGUAUCUAACCCCAUGCUGUCCCUGUCCCAGGAGUGUUUGAUGGGGACAGUGUAGAGGGAGCUUUACUCUGUAUCUAACCCCAUGCUGUGUCCCAGUCCUGAGAGUGUUUGAUGGUGACAGAGUAGAGGGAGCUUUACUCUGUAUCUAACCCCAUACAGUAUGUGUUAUAGGAGUGUUUGAUUAGGACGUUUGUAGAGGAAGUUUUACUCUUAACCCUGUAUCUGUACUCCCAGUAUACUUGGAUUAAAAACCCCUCAUGGGGUGAGGUUUGUUUAUUGCCAUUUUCUCCUACAGUCACACACCGUCUUUUAGCAGCCCUGACUCUGAAUGUUUGUUUGUUCUUCCCUCUGUUAAACCGUCCUGAAUAAUGUUAAUGUGGCCUGGUGUACCUGUUAGUGAGGUUUUACUGUACACUGGAGCCAUGGGGUUUGUGUAUGUUGGAGUUUUGCAUUGAUGAAUCAGUGUAUGAACAGUUACUUGAAUGGGGCAGGAUCCUCUGUUUUCCUGUCAUUUGGCCUGUGGCCCUGAGCAUUUGUUUCUCUCCAUUUUGCAUGUUCUGCUAAAUAUAUACAAGGACUUUCAGGGAUUUAAAACAUUGAACUGGAUGAAUCAUGCACCAGCUUCACCAGACUGGGCUGGAAGCUGCGUAUAACCUUGCAUUUCAGAAUAAACAAAUAAGCCGUUCCAAUCA